AUGCCGAAUAUUACCCAGUUGAAAGCGGAUGAUUUGACGCUUGCUCAUAGCAAGCCAUCCUUGAUUGCUGUUAGCCCCAUUGUCUCUAUUCAAACGGCUUUAAACCUGCUCCAGAAUAACAAGAUCACGUCCUUGCCUGUUUUUUCUCACAAUAGCACACAAGUCGUCAGCAUUGUGAAUUUGUUUGAUAUCCUUUUGUAUUUGAUGGGUCGCUCGGACACCACCGUGGACAAUACCGCAUCCAAGUUGAAUGAUCCAGUGGAAUACGUGCUUGGCCUAGACUCAGACCGUGAGAGCUAUCGCAUGCAUAAAACGGAUAGUCAAGAUACUUUGCUCGAGACUUUACGCGCGUUUGCUUCAGGCAUUCAUCGUUCUCUCGUUGUGGAUUAUGCAAAAGCCAACAACGAAGGCACGUGGCUUCUUUCACAAACCGACAUUAUGCAACACAUUCGUAAGCAUCCAGAGAGCACCGAAGGAUUAGUCGAUAUCAAUGCCACAGUGGGAUCCCUUGGCUUUGACAAAAAGCCACCCCUGGUUAGCGUUUCAGCUUCACAAACAGCACUUUCAGGCUACAGAUUGAUUGCUGAAAAGCGACUCAGUGGCGUCCCCAUUGUCGAUGAGAAUGGAAACCUUGUGGGUGAUUUAUGCCUCGAAGACUUGCCAGGUGCGAAUCUCGAUACGUUUGACAAGCUUACACUUCCAUGUAUAGAAUAUGUCAAGUAUCAUAUGGAUACAAUUGCCUUGCCUGUGGCUACGCCGGAGACUACGUUGAAGGAAGUGAUUGAUAUUAUGAUUACGCAAGAUACGCAUCGUGUAUGGAUCAAGCAGGAUGAGCAAUCUCAAAAAGUCAUUGGGGUCAUUUCCAUGUCGGAUGUCAUUGGUCUUUUAUGCAAGUGA